AUGUUCUCCAUCCAGGACAGCCUCCCGCGGGGAGCCUUGACCAUGAAAGAGGAACCGCUCACGAGUGGCAUGACACCGGUCCGCUCUUGGAUGCAGAGCGCGGGGAUAUUGGACGCGAACACAGCAGCACAAAGCGGUGUAGGUCUGGCCCGGGCUCACUAUGAAAAACAGCCCCCCUCGAACCUGCGCAAAUCCAACUUCUUCCACUUUGUGUUGGCGCUGUACGACCGACAGGGCCAGCCCGUGGAGAUCGAGAGGACCUCCUACAUAGACUUUGUGGAGAAAGACAAAGAGUACAAUGGAGAGAAGACCAACAACGGCAUCCAUUACAGACUACAGCUUCUUUACAGUAACGGCAUCAGGACAGAACAAGAUCUGUUUGUACGGUUGAUAGACUCCAUGACCAAAGUGGCGAUCCUCUACGAGGGCCAGGACAAAAACCCAGAGAUGUGCCGCGUCCUUCUCACCCACGAGAUCAUGUGCAGUCGUUGUUGUGACAAGAAGAGCUGUGGAAACCGCAAUGAGACGCCCUCUGACCCGGUCAUCAUUGACAGAUUCUUCCUGAAGUUCUUCCUCAAAUGCAAUCAGAAUUGUUUGAAAAAUGCAGGGAACCCACGAGACAUGAGACGGUUUCAGGUGGUGGUCUCCACUACGGUGAAUGUGGAUGGCCAUGUCCUUGCUGUCUCUGACAACAUGUUUGUCCACAACAACUCCAAACAUGGCCGGAGGGCUCGACGCCUGGACCCCUCUGAAGGUACAACUACCUCACACUUAGAAGCAGCUACGCCCUGCAUCAAAGCCAUCAGCCCGAGUGAGGGGUGGACGACCGGGGGAGCCACUGUCAUCAUCAUCGGAGACAACUUCUUUGAUGGACUGCAGGUGGUCUUCGGCACUAUGCUGGUCUGGAGUGAGCUAAUCACCCCCCACGCCAUCCGGGUCCAGACGCCCCCUCGCCACAUCCCAGGGGUCGUGGAGGUCACACUCUCCUACAAAUCCAAGCAGUUCUGCAAAGGGGCACCAGGGCGGUUUGUCUACACCGCCUUGAAUGAGCCUACCAUCGACUACGGCUUCCAGAGGCUACAGAAAGUCAUCCCCAGACACCCAGGAGAUCCCGAGAGGUUACCUAAGGAAGUGCUGUUAAAGAGAUCAGCAGACUUAGUAGAGGCCCUGUAUGGAAUGCCCCACAAUAAUCAGGAGAUCAUCCUAAAGCGGGCAGCGGACCUGACCGAGGCCCUGUACAGUGUCCCCCGCAGCCACAACCAGCUGCCCUCGCUCAGCGGCUCGGCCGCUCACUCCGGCAUGAUGGGAGUCAACUCCUUCAGCAGCCAGCUGGCCGUCAACAUCUCUGAGGCCUCGCAGGGGGACCAGGUUGGCUACUCCCGUAACUCCAACAGCGUAUCGCCCCGUGGCUAUGUCCCCAGCUCCACGCCCCAGCAGUCCAACUACAACACCAUCACGUCCACCAUGAACGGCUACGGAGCGGGCAUGACCAACCUGGGGGUGCCAGGCUCACCCAGCUUCCUCAACGGCUCUGCCGCCAACUCCCCCUACGCAAGAUCAACCACCUCCCCCUCCUCCUCCUACUCCUCCUCCUCCUCCAUCCCUCUGUUCUCCGGUGGACCCAUAGGCCCUUAUUCAUUCUCUCCUGUCCAUAUGAUCUCUGCAGUCAAACAGAAGAGCGCCUUCGCCCCUGUCGUGCGGCCACAGACCUCCCCGCCCCCCACCUGCACCACCACCAAUGGCAGCAGCCUACAGGCCAUGGCAGGUCUCAUAGUCCCACCUAUGUGA